AUGUCUUUUCUCCUCAUAAGUUUGGGGGUUAUUCUCAUCAUCUCCGCUGUCUUUCUCUUCGGGAGAUUCAAUAAAAGUGCCAUACCUUUUGGUGCUCGACCACUGCCAGGCCCCAAAGGUCUUCCUCUCGUCGGUCGAAUCCAUGAUGUUCCUGCAGAAAAGACUUGGCUCAAAUUUUACGAGUGGAGUCGAGAGUAUGGGCCGAUCUACCAACAAAGCAUGUUUGGGUCAAUCCAUGUCUGGAUAACAUCAGAAGAGAUUGCACACGAGCUGCUAUCCAAGAGGGCAGCAACGUAUUCUGACCGUCCCAUGAUACCGAAUCUGCCCAAUAACCGAUAUGCUGGAGAAUAUCUCGCUCUUCACGGUCGCAAUGAAACAUGGAAACGGCAACGAAAACUUGCUCAGCAAUUGAUGACGACCUCUGCGAAUGCCAGCCUUCAUGACUACCCAACCAAAGAGCGCGAUAGAUUUCUAUAUCUCCUCUCACGAGAUCCCUCGCAGUAUCGGGAAUACAUUGAACAGUUUACAGCACGUACAGUCUCACGCCUCUCAUGGGGCAGUACUCAUCCGGCAGACUUGUUGCGCAAAACAACAUUUGGCUUACUUGAAACCAUUUCACCAGCCGGUGCCCUACCAAAUGUCAUUUCAUGCCUUAGACACAUACCAUUCUUCAUGUCUCCGUGGAAACAAAAAGAAUUUGCCAGGCAUGAGGAAGAGGCGGCAGCCUGGAAGAAUAACGUCGGUUAUGUUCAUGAACGUAUCAACGACGGUACAGCGCAACCAAGUUUCGUGAACACAUUCAUCAACAAAUUGACAAACCAACCAGACGGGAUCAAAUGGGGCAGUGAAGCUGAGGCAUCAUACGUUGUCGGGCAAAUGGCGAUUGCUGGGGCUUUGACCAUUGGGUCACCCAUCCAAAGCUUUUUACUUGCUAUGCUACAUUACCCAAGUUGGCAGUCAAGACUACAGGCAGAGAUCGACGAGGUCUGUCAAGGAAACUGUCCUGCAUGGGAAGACCGCGAAAAGAUGCCACUAUUGAGGGCAGUGGUCAAGGAGGUCAUUCGUUGGCGUCCUCCUGUCCCUACCGGAAUCCCUCAUGCCACAGAGGCAGAUGAUGUGUGGAACGGAUAUUUUAUUCCCAAAGGAGCGACAAUCCACGCCUUGGAAUGGGGCAUUACCCGCGAUGAAAAGAUGUAUCCGAAUGCAGAGAUGUUCAACCCUGCGCGCUGGCUUGAGCCCGCCUAUCCUACAUUCAAGGAGCCGCUGACGCAGUACCCCUGCCUGAAUGGAUUUUCCCAGUUCGGCUUUGGUCGUCGGACGUGUCAAGGCGUACCGAUCGUCGAACAGGAUCUUUUUCUUGCCAUGGGAGGUAUUGCUUGGGCGUUUGAUAUCAUAAAGAAGCGACGCGUCGAUGGGUCCGAGAUUGGUGUGCAUUGGGAUGAUUUCUCGCCACUGUUGAUCGCGAAGCCGGCACCAUUCGAGUUUGAUGCUGUGCCACGAUCUGAUGCCGUUGAGAGAGAGUUGCUUCAGAUGUGGAAUCGCGGUAGAGGCGAAGACGACGUGGAAACGAAAAGACGGGAAGCCGGUGAUGCAACUCUUGGAGUGCUGAAUUUCGAGCGAGAAUUCAAAAUGUAUGAAGAGGAUGAAGCUCAGUCACUGGGCGGAAGUGAUACUUCUGAAUCGAGUGGGAGAGAAAGUGGGAGUAGUGGUUCUCAAAGCAUAUGA